AUGUCGACCUUUACCCACCAGGAACUCAACCUGCCCGUCACCUUGCCCGAUGGCCUCACGGAAAAGGACAUAUUGGGCUUCAAGCCCUUCAACACCCCUAUACUCACUCUCAUCAUUCCAGGACUGGCUCUCCACCCUCACCAAAUCCCUCGCCCUCCAAAAUCCAACCCCAACCACCCCUUCCACGCGGAGCCCUACUCCCUCCAAUCCAUCACCAUCCAGUCCUUUGACCGCUUCGGCAAAGACCGCCUCGGCUUCGUCAAACUCACCGCCGCCAUCGCCAACGCCGCCGGCGAAAAGUUCCCCGGCGCCGUCUUUCUCCGCGGGCCCAGCGUCGCCAUGCUCGUCCUCCUCCGCCCCGACGACGCCGGGCCCGACGAGCGCUACGCCGUGCUGACCGUCCAGCCCCGCAUCGCCGCCGGCGCCCUCGCCAUGGUGGAACUACCCGCCGGCAUGGUCGACGACGGCUCCUUUAUCGGCGCCGCUGCCAAGGAGAUCCAGGAGGAGCUCGGCCUCGAGAUCCGCGAGGACGAGUUGACGUCCCUGAGCGACCUCGCUCGGCCCACCGACGGCGCGGACGGCGAAGGUGAGAACUUGCCGGUGGCUGUGUACCCUUCGCCCGGCGCGUGCGACGAGCGCAUCGGCAUCUACGUGCACGAGAAGACGGUGCCCCGCGACCAGCUCAAGGAGUGGAGCGGCAAGCUGACGGGGCUGAGGGACGAGGGCGAAAAAAUCACCCUGAAGCUCGUGCCCCUCAAGGACCUCUGGCGGGAAGCGUCGAGGGAUGCCAAGGCCCUGUCUGCGGUGGCUCUGUGGGAGGGACUGCGGCGAGAGGGAAAACUAUGA